AUGGCGGCGCUUCGAGUUGCGGCGAGGAGGCUCGUCAGUGGCGGCAGCCAGACGCCGGUCGUGGCCGUGGGAGAGGCGCAGCGCCGGAUCUUCCCGAGGCUCUUCCAGGUCAACCGGGCAACUUCUACCACGUCCUCCGCGGCUGCUGCAAACAGCAAUACGGCAGCCGCCAAGGGUCUCGAAGCUGAAGGACAGGAAAGACUCUUGAAGGAAAUCCGUAAUAGGAGGGAGCAGCUGUACGAUCUGACAUCGGAGGCGCAAACAAUGUACAACAUUCCAGGCACGGCAGGCCAAGAAGUUGCUCAGCUGCGCCGGGAGCUUGCAGCUCAAAUUGAGCCUAGAUCCAAUGAUAGGACGUGGCGCAUACUACGAGGAAUAAGUAUAUUUGAGCGUUAUGGGGGAAUUAUGGCGUUUAUGUUUUCCAUAUGUGUGCUGACGGGCAUGGCCACUGGCUCAAUUGUUGAAUUGGGGCCAGAAGAACGGCGAUGGAUCAAGAAGAAACGGAAGGAGGCAAGCAAGGGGAGGAGUGGAGCCAAUGUCUCUUAAAUGAGGAGAAAAACAAGCGUGGAAGAUGGUUAUGAGUGCUAGCACUUGAAUAAAAAGUUGUUAGAUGGACAAUAGGGAUCAAAAGAUGACGAAGUAAAUCAAAAGGAUUCUCAAGAAGACAAGGAAGAGACCAGGUGUUGAAUAAAUUCCUUGUAAUACCUAGGGUAAAGACGAUCAACAAAUUGUACCUCAUAAAAGAAUAACAAUUGCCAAAUCAAGAA